AUCUGUGUUUUUUUUUCCUCUUGGAAUCGAAGAAAAACUCUGAUAAAUCCUCGUCCUGUAGGCCCAAUUUGUGGCCAAUUUGUGCGAUUCUACCAUUUUCGGACCCGGCAAGACCACCGGGUGCAAUCUAGCACCGCUCGCGUAACGGCCAAACCACCCGCCCCUCGUGGCAAGAUGCAACACUAGCUGGUCUGCUGUUCGAGCGAGCCUGCACCCCUUUUCUUUUUUAUAGAAUCUAGUGUUCCUCGGUGUACGCGUAGUGCGGUUGAACGGAGAGCGACGGAUAUGCAUUUGCCCCUCGAAAGCCCACGAAUCCGCCGAUAGGAGUGCCCCGGCUGGCUGGGUUAGUUCCGGGGGUGUCUUCCCGGGUUUGACAUUGACCCUCUCGCAGCCCCGCGCCGCGCACUCGCUUUCUUGGUCCGUGGCCGCACCGUCGUGCUGCCUGCUGGUGCGCUGGGCUGGUGUCGUCGGUCGGUGUGUGGGUGUGUGCGCGCUCUCCCGAACAGUUUCCCUAGUGACGAGCGAGCGAACAACAACCGCCGGCACAUCUCCCGAAACCCCGAGCCCGUGCAGCGGGUGCAAGGCCACGAUAAUGGAGGCCAUGGUUGAAAAUUCGGCCAAUCCGCCACCUCGCUUCUACUGUCACUCUUGCUCGGUCGAGAUAGACAGCGUUUCGUCGGAGUUCACCUGUCCACACUGCUCUGAAGGAUUCAUCGAGGAGCUGCCAGCUGGCGAGAGGGGUGCCGCAUCAUCGGUCGGCGCAUCAGGAGGCCCCGGUCCGGAAUCGGACGGACCUCCGAUCGAUUACGUCAAUGCACAACUUAACCCCGAUACUAUUGGUAGGUUAGCGGGGGAGCUACUUUCCAACUCCUUUCUGUCGCCGCUGUACAGCAUCUACGACGAUGAACCGGCCGGUGGAUCCGGUGGCAGUGGCACCAACAGCACUAGUAGCAGCUACGUAACCUUCCCACCAGAUGACAUUCCACUCGUCGAUGGAACCGGCGGCCAACCUACGGCGGCUACCGGUGCUGGCAGUGGUGGUGGUGUAGAGGUGGCUUCCGGAUCGGCCGGCACCGGUGCGAACGGUGGUAGUAGCAGCAGCAGCAGCACUGGCAGCGGUCCAUCGAUGCACCACCGAUUUUCGAUGGGCAGACCGCGAGGCCGACGGAACAUCACGCACCUCGAUCACAUUUUGCGGGAAUUUUUCAUUUCCGUGGCGGACGGUGCGCCAGGCGGGGUGCCCCUGUUCUUCAUGGGAAACCCGGGCGACUAUGCGUGGGGUCGCGAAGGCAUCGACAGCAUCGUGACUCAGCUGCUCAACCAAAUGGACAACACGGGGCCGCCUCCGCUGGAGAAGGAGCGGAUCGCCGAAAUACCGACGGUCGCCAUCAGCGAGAAGCAGGUCGAGAUGAAGCUACAGUGUUCCGUGUGCUUCGAAGACUUCCAGGUCGGCGAAUCGGUCCGGAAGCUACCCUGUUUGCACGUUUAUCAUGAGCCUUGCAUCAUUCCAUGGCUGGAGCUGCACGGAACGUGUCCCAGCUGCAGGAAAAGCCUAACGCCAGAAUCGGGAUCGCAGCAACCAGGAUCACAGCAGGCAACGACAACGGCACAGUCACUACAGCAACCGGAGCCAAUGGACACCUCACAGCAGCAGCAGCAGCAGCAGCAGCAGCAGCAGGCGGUUCCGACACCAGCAGAAAGCGCUCAGUCACAGCAACAACCGCAGCAAACACAGGAACCACAAGCAACCCAACCAGGCGGAACUCCAUCGCAGUCAGCCGGCGGUACAGCAGGUCGGCAAAACAACCCCAACUUUGUCGCUUUCACAAUACGCGAUCUGCUUCCUAUUCUUUCAGGGCCCACGGCGACGGUGACGACUAGGUACGAUCCCAACCGACCCUCGAUAUUUUCUAGUCCGGCGGCCACUGGUAGCAGAAACGCGUCCGAUGCUUCAUCGCAAUCAUCAUCCGGUGGUGGGGCUGGAUCGGCCGCCACUGGCGGCCCCUCGUCCGGCUCCUCCACUAACAACGGAAGCAAUGCAACAGCGGAGGACGAUUACUUUUCGCUAGAUUAGAUUAACCAAAAUAGAUACCCGCCUCCAUUGCGCGCCCUGGCCAAAGGCGUCUAAAGGAAAACACUAAUGCGACUAGUAAGGGUGUUGGUGCAUUGAUCAAGUAUGCUGCUGCUGCGUUGCGUUGCGAGCAUAAAUACUGCGCAAAGCUCAGCAGUCUUGGGAUGCAGAAAAAAGCAAAGAUAACUAGCAGGGGGCGGCAUGUACAGAGUGAUGGGUCGUGAUGUGUUUUUUUUUUGUUUUUUUUUUCGCCCCCAAAACCGGCGUUGGUGAUGAAGAUGAAAUGUGGAAACGCAAUCCCCCCCGGUGUGCACUUCGGUAAUAGACUAAAAACUGUUUGCCUACCCGUCUUAUAACGAAAUAGGCUUUGUGGUUCGUUUUGCUAUUCGUUUGCGGUUGCGUUCUCCUUUUUUUUUUGCGCGUUGCAUGCGUUUUGGUUCGUUUUAAUGAUUCAGUUCUUCAGGGGUUCGACGUCCAUAAAUGGUCUCUGCACUGUGCUAUCGGUGUAGUGAGAUAUACCGGGAACAAGGGAGAGCCCUAGGAAGAGCAGUGCUUAGGAAUCUUGUAUGCCUAAAUCCGUCGAAGAGAACCCCACCAAGAAUCCGAGGGCACUGCUUCACAGCAUCGUGUCUCGCAUUCGAGGAGAAGAGUAGUGUUUCGUUUGGAAGGAUUGUUUUUAUUUUUUGCCUUGAUCUUUUUUUUACAUAAACUAAGCCGAAAAAGUAACACAGCAAAAAGGCAACCGGAAGAAGUGAAAACAGUGUGCCAGUGCCGUGCCGGUGAACAAAUACCCAUGCUUCAUAAGCAGACACAUGAGAGCAGGAGGAGGAGAAGGAGGACAAAAGGCAUAAGGCCAUGUGGAUUGCAACAGAACGGAGUUGCCAGCAGCGUCGUCGAAAACCACACGAGCGUAGUUGUGUGGAUGGUGGAAACAAUGCAUGAACGUAACAUUACAUUAAUUAUUAUCUUUAUUACCAUUAUUGAAAUUCGUUGAUAAUAAAGCCCAGAGAUGACUGAAACAUC